AUGUACUCUGGAAGUAAAUAUGUGGGCAGCGCUGCUGGAUCAACAUUCGCGAGAAUAUUCUUCAAGCAACUCAAUUUGGUCCCUUCAUGGGCCACUGGCCAACAAGGGGGAAGCCUCGACAUGUGUCCAUCGGAGAGGUCCGCUGCUCUUCCACCCCAACCAGUUGCUCGAUCUCUACUCGCCAUUUAUAUCGCUCGCGUUCACAUUUGGUGGCCAUUCCUUCAACUACCCUACUUAAGGAGAGUCUUUCAGCACAUAUAUCAAGAACCAAGGCAAUGCGCCGACCACGAGAAGUUCAUCGUGUUCAUUGUGCUUGCGCUGGGGAGCUGCCAGGUCACCUUGAAGGACAACGAUUCCCCCGCGACACUGGAUCUUAACGAUUCUACCUCGUAUUUCCAAACAGCUCUACGAUUUUUCAACAGCUUCCAUGAUCAUCCUCGAGAUCUUUUUGGCAUACAGGCAGUCUUGUUAUUAGCUGUGUGGAUGCUUGACUCGUCUUGCAGCAGCCACAACAAUGAUAUGUGGCAACUCAGCAGAUACAUCAUGUCCUGUGCCAUUGAGGCUGGACUACAUAGACACAAUACCGACUGGGGAUUUACAGCUGAGGAGUUGGAAGUUAGGAAUCGGACGUGGUGGUGUGCCUAUAAUCUCGAGCGACAAGUUGCUACAAUCACAGGUCGCGUGUUGUCCAUACGUGACCAUGCCAUACACGCUUUGUUGCCUGAACCUUCAAGUUUUGACAGUUUGAAUACACUCGAGAGCUUAGCAGCACCCAUCUUCCACAGACACAACGUUCAGCCUUUGCGCCACAUUAUAGCCCUUCGUCGGAUUGGUGGCCGUAUUCUCGAGUCCAUCUACAUCGCCAGAGGACCAGAUGGCACAGCCAUGGACACCACAUUUCAGCAAAUUUGCGCAACAUCUGACCAAAUCCGUCGCGAUCUUGAGACAUGGGAGCAGCAAUUGGAAGGGAUGGCACUGAAACCUUCUCGCGAGUAUUCUGAGAUGAAGAUCGAAUACUGUCUCUUGCAACUUUUAUUGCAUAGACCGUCGCCGACUUUUAUGGUUCCCUCCCGUCAGAUGGCCUCAUACUGUUCUAGAGCUGCAUCGACUGCAAUUCACCAUUGGUCAAAGAUUGAUGCAGACUAUGGCAUCUCGGCAGUGUGUCGUUGUUUUAGACAACUCCAUGACAUUCUCUUAGUCGGUUUGGCUGCUCUAUACUGCGACUGGCAAAGCAUGGCGCUGCCUCAAACGAGGACUGAAGAUGCGCAAAGGGUAUACCGCCAUAUGGGUGACACGAGUGCUUGCCUUGAUAUCAUUGAACGUGGCAUAUCCCAUAUGAAAGCAUCUUAUUUUAGACGAUACCGAGAUCUCUUCCAGGCUGUGAGCAACAAAGUCUAUUCAAGGACCUCGGUCACCGAGACAUCGCCAAUGGAGUCCAUCCACGUUGACUCGACGGUACCUCCGGAACCGUAUGCUACGUCUGAGGGUCUCACUUUUGAUGUUAAUGAUGAAAUGGUGUACUCGAUGGGAGAUGGUGUGGAGGCCUAUAUGAAUCAAGUCAACGAGUUCUUGGAUGGUGGAGGUUUCGAUGUGGACGAGGCUCUUAAUGCUUGGUAUGACGCUCUUAUGGAAGAAAUGCAGGGCAACUAA